CCCGCCCCAUUUCCCAGCCUCCUCUGCGCUCCUUCCUUUGCGUCGGUUCGGAGGAAGAGAAGCCGCCCCUCAGAGGCCCCGACAAUGACAACUCUGGACGAUAAGCUGCUGGGGGAGAAACUCCAGUACUACUAUAGCAGCAGCGAGGAUGAGGAUAGCGAGAAGGAGGAGGGCAACGCGGAAUCCAACUCUGUUCACGAUGCCACUGUGCCGAGAGAGGUGGCACUGAACAGCGACGGCAGUGCCAUAAACACAGGUCCUAAAGGCGUGAUCAAUGAUUGGAGGAGGUUCAAACAGCUGGAGACCGAGCAGCGGGAGGAGCAAUGCCGAGAGAUGGAGCGGCUUAUCAAAAAGCUCUCCGUGACCUGCAGAUCACACCUGGAUGAGGAGAAGGACAAGCAGAAGCAGAAGGAGCUACAGGAGAAGCUGAAUGACAAGCUGGCACUGCACGAGGGGGCCGACGACGAGGAGUUCCUGCAGCAGUACCGCAAGCAGCGGAUGGAAGAAAUGCGUCGCCAGCUGCACCCGGGCCAGCAGUUCAAGCAGGUGUUUGAGAUCCACAGCGGGGAGGCCUUUCUGGACGCGGUGGACAAGGGCAACAAGAAGACGCUGGUGAUGAUCCACAUCUACGAGGACGACAUCCCCGGGGCCGAAGCCCUCGACGGCUGCAUGAUCUGCCUGGCCGCCGAGUACCCCACGGUGAAAUUCUGCCGGGUGAGAAGCUCCCUGAUUGGCACCAGCUCCCGCUUCACCAGCAACGCCCUGCCUGCUCUCCUGGUCUACAAGGGCGGGGAGUUGAUCGGCAACUUCAUCCGCAUUACCGACCAGCUGGGCGAAGACUUCUUUGCUGCGGACUUGGAGGCCUUCCUGCAGGAGUGCAGCUUGCUCCCCGAGAAAGACGUGGUGCUUUUCACUUCGAUUUGCAACGCUGCCUCCUGCUACGAUGAAGACAGCGACUUGGAAAUUGACUGAGGCCCAGAGGACCGGUCACAUGGCCUCCGAGGGCCCCUUGCUAGUUUGUAAAGGGUAGUUGUUUGCCAAAGAGGCAUGUACCCUCCAGUCCCUGAGCCCAUCCGGCAGGUCUGCAGCCUGCCGCCGCCUCUUUCAGUUGUGCCCUCAAGCCCUGCCCUGCCCUGCUCGUUGGCAUUGCGUAGAUUCAGAAAUAGGCUUUCCAGUCUGGAGUCACGUAGCAGCAGCCUCCCAGAGCAGGGGUGCGUGGGCCGUAUGCCAGCCCCAUAAUUUCUUUGGGGAGAGGGGGUCAUCUCAUUGUUUGCUUAACCUGAUAGUGAUCGGCAGGACUUGGAGGUCUCAGGAGUUGCUUGGGGCGGCAGCUACCCCGGCGUUGUUACCUUAACCUUUUUCACACCGUGAAAAAUCUUGGAGCCGGUUGUCUGCGCUUCCCUGGAUUUGGCUGUCCUGGGGUGUCUCCCCUCUCCCCUCUCUUGUGCAGAUUGACUGUUUAAGGUUUCUUCACACCUAGCAGAACUUAAUGUUUUCUUAACGCAAUAAAAGAUUAAAAUCUUAACCUUC